CAUAAUGCGCCGCCUGUGUUGUCUGCUGUACAUCUCAGUUUUAGCUUGUUUACUUGUAGCAGAAUAAUAUGGUACAUUCUCGGCUACAGUACGGUACAUGAGUCGUAUAUUAUGAAAUAAAACCGCCAGUAAUAUGUCGACAGGCAUUUACAGAUGUAACUGGCAAAAUCACAGCUGAGUAGCCGCUGUCGCGUUCAUUAGCUGGAAGAUUAUUUAGCCGUUCAGCUCAACUGCUGUUCAGAAAUCAUGCCGCAGAUUUCAGUCAACUAUAUUUUAUUAUGCGGACAGUUCUUGCUGCUCUUCACAGUGCUGCUUUUACAGUGUCUAGAAGGGAUACACUCGCAAAACUCAACCGAGCCACCCGGAAACACAGUAACGACCAGCAAAACACUUAUGACCAGCCAACAACCAGAAGAAAAUAUGACGGAGACUAUUAUACCUACUGAAACAUCAAAUCACACAGAUCAGUAUGAGUACAGCCCUCCAUCACCUGUCGUCCUCUGUCGAUACCUACCAGAGGAAUUCAUAUUCUGUCAAGAUCCAGUCGAUCACGGAGGAAAUGUCUCUGCCUUUCAGGAACUGGGCUAUGGAUGUGUAAAGUUUGGCGGUCAGGUAUACAAAGACGUGAACCAUACCCAGGUGUUAUGCAUGGCACUGGAUGGCAUAGAGUGCGCUGGACCACGGGAGUUUCUCAGAGGCAGUGAGCCAUGCAUUAAAUACACAGGACACUACUUCAUCACCACCCUACUGUACUCAUUUUUCCUGGGAUGUUUUGGCGUCGAUCGGUUCUGUCUCGGACACACUGGGACUGCGGUGGGAAAGCUGCUUACCCUGGGCGGUCUUGGCAUCUGGUGGUUUGUGGACCUCAUUCUCCUGAUAACAGGAGGCCUGACCCCCAGCGACAGCAGCAACUGGUGCACUUUCUACUGAUUUAAAGUGGCUGUAUUCACCUUUUCAUGCACACAAGUUAUAUUUAAUACACUGUAUGCAUGUGGGCUUACAUGGGCUUUUUUUGCCAUUUAUGAUUUGUAAAAUACUGUUCUUCUGCCUUGUUUCUUUUGUAAAGUGUUUAUGUGAAGCAGUGUUGUAAAUAAAUGUCAUCUUCAAAGAGUAAAACGUAAUUGAUAUAUUAAUAUUUAUGAUCGACAAACAACAUAAAGUCGUCUAGGAAAUGAAUCUUUCUGAACAUGCUCCCCAUUACGAAAUGAUGUUUAAAAUCAAAUCAAGUUGCCGGAUUGCAGACUGUGCCAAAACAGCUGCAGAGAUGUUACAGAUCUUGUUUUAGACUGAAUACCUACAAAGAGCUGUCAACGGACAGAUGUUAUGAAACAGCUUGCAAUUAAAAAUACAUACAAUAAUAGAUUCUAUUAUACAUGCGUCCCUUGGCAGAAUUCCCAUGGCUUUUAUCACACCAUUCAAAACAUAAUUUUGUGAAAGACUGUAAGAAGUUUUCUUUUUAUUAAUUUCCCUUUUAUGUUUCCGUGCCUUGUAAGUUAUGGAAGUGAUUUAUUUACUGAUGAACUGUUGAUCUGCUGAAAAAAACAAGGCACUUUGGAAUAUGUUGCAACACAUCCAAGAGCAUUGCUUUAAAACAUGUGGCUAGAAUUUAAUAGGCAAUUACUCAGUGGGUACAAAGACUUGUUUGACUGGUGCAUGCCAUUAAAAAUGAUCCUAUGUUCAAAAACAAUUGAGAGCAGCAGGUAGUAAGUGUGUAUGUUGAUGUGUGAUGGAUUACAGCCUGACAGAUCAUCCGCUUUAAUAUUUUCAUUCAGUACAAGUCUCUUUCAUUCAAAACACAAUGCUUGUUUCUUCAGCACCAAAUCAACAUAUUAGAAUGAUUUCUGAAGAAUCAUGUGACACUGAAGAUUGGA